AUGUCUAUGAGUGUGUUUUUCUUUGGCGGAUGUGUGAUGACACAGUUCCUCAACAAUCGGCCUUACCCCACUUACAGUUUGGAAAAUAUGCCUGAUACAGGAUUCACCUGCCGAGAUAAAAUAUUAGGUGGUUACUAUGCCGAUAGUGAAACGCAAUGUCAAAUGUUCCACGUGUGCGUCAAAGUCGCCGGCGUUGGGGUUCAAGAUUUCCGAUUUUUAUGUCCCAAUGGAACUGCUUUUGAUCAGGACGCUCAAAUUUGUGCUGACUGGGGUGAUGUCGACUGCGAAGCGACAACACUGUACUACAGCAGCGACAAUUUUGAUCUGUACCGAAUUUCGUCGGAUGUAGAAAGCAAGAGAGCACCAUUCGCCUACGAAGAAGAAGCGCCAUUCCAUCUUCAACGGGCUGAAACUGGCGAUCACCGACUUAGCAAACAACCAAAAGUGGAUCAAAAACGAGGAGACGCAAAUAGCGCCAAAGCAAAAUUAUUCAACCAAUACAACCCUAAUAUUGCGCGCAACCAAUAUCAGAAUCAAUACAGCACAGUUGCCGUCACCUCGCCGCCGCAACAGACGACGCAGAAACCGCGUUAUAUUCAGGACAAUUCACAAGACAUCUUCCGUGGAUCUCACAGUUCCAACUUCUUCAACAAUCGCAAUAAUGGCAAAGAAGUUGAAGAAGAUUACCGUGAGACACCCAAAGUUGAAAGCGAUCCAAAACCAUUCCAACGGUCAAACGUUAGAGUACGCACUAGGCCCGCGCAAAACCAGCCAGAAGAACAAAGUUCACAUGUUAUUGAGAAUGAAAAUCAACUGGUAAAGAAAAAGACCAUACAGCGCAAAAUAUUGCGUAAACCGGAAGAAAUUUCCACGUCGAGUCCGAGUACGGGAUACUCGAGCCAAGUUUAUACCUCAUCAACACCAUUACCGUAUUUUGAUAAAUAUCAAACUCUAAGCCGGAAAACAAACGCAGACAAUUAUACUCCGGCCACAACAAAGAAAUUCUCCACAUUGGUACCAAAAGAUGUAUACAGCCCGACGACUUUCAAACCGACCACUUAUAACAAGGUCUCGCAAAUAUACAGUUCGCAAAGCACACCUAAACCAUUUACAGCCCCAAGCACUUAUAAACCAAGCGACUUAACUGGCGCCGUACCGAAAAAGACCCCCGCCAGCUCUACUACUCUGAAACCACAGUAUACAAACGGUUUUGCUGCAUCCAGCUACCUCCCAACAACUGCUAAACCCACUACAGUCAAAAAUUAUAAGACUACGGAAUAUGCGUACUCAACAAAUAAACAACAAUCAACAGAUAAUCAAUACUACGUCAGCAACAAACAAUUUAAUAAUAAUCCAAAUCAAUUCAGCACAAAUCAAAGCCCUUCGGGAUUUAAAAGCUCCGUGAGCACGAAUCAAUACAAUUCGAGUCCGAACCAAUAUUAUAACAAUCAAUUCUCAACAUCUGCGCUUCCUCAAGGAUUCACCAGCAGACCUAAUCAAGCACAAACGACGGCAAACCAAUAUAAAUACUCGCCUGCAGCAAAAGAAAGCCAAUACGACGAUGGUCAGUACCGACCGGAGCAAUACGAAGAUGCUAAAGACAACUACUACCAAAACCGAAAAGAGGUAACAGAUAACAGGCAAUACUACGACAACAGCAAUAAUUACAAUAAGGUGCCAAGCAGAGCUACAAAUCAGUUCUCCCAAGACGACUUCUACCAAACGACACCUGUAUACAAUACCAGGAACAACUACGAAUCUUCGAGCGAAGAAUACAUCAGGCAAAAUGAUCAAGGUGAGUUUCUAAAAACAGCCCAUUCUCAGAACAUCGCCGCCAGUGGGAAUGAAUUGAAAAGAAAAAGCAAAACGACAACAAAAUCAGUUGAAACAAGUACGCCUGUUUCAAUUCACACCACGCAAAAAACAACAUAUGCUUACACCGCCAAAACCUCAGUAAGUCCUAAGGCAACCACAAGGAAAGAGGCAAUCGUCCAACCAGCAGUUGCUCCCGUGCAAAAACAAUCCGAGCCGAACAGUAACGCACCAAAGCCACAAAAAGACAACGCAAGCUACGACUACGCCUAUUACGAUAACUCAGAGCAUCCCGCCGAUCAGAGCGAUUACGAAAAUAUCGAAGAAUUCCGAAAAACAAACAAAAAACAGUAG